ACAUUUCCAGUUCUACUACAAUUUGGAGACGAGGGUUUCAACUUCCCUGAUUUGGUACCUUCAGUACAAAAACAGGUAAAUAGCGAACUAAAUGAGUUGACCUCGAAGAAUGUACAAGUUCGAUUGAUAGAUAAUUUACAAAAUGGCACUACCCUCAACAAGAAAGAUGUCUUCACAGUUGAAUUGCUCCACUCAACUGAUAAUAGUGCUGCAUUAGACUCAAUUGAACUUAAAGCAUACGUAUACUACACAUUGAAGUCUAUUCAUUCGAACGACUUGCCCUACUAUAUUACACAAGUAAUACUUUUCCAUUUAUUGCAGCCGGAAUUGACAUUA